GCAUUAUGAUGUACUUUACCGGAGUUCGUCCGGUAACGUCAUGAGUGGGAACGUCUCGGAAACCAUCUGGUCUAGAUAAGAUGAACACACCAAGAGGAUUUUUUAUGUUUUUGAAGACAAAGUCAACUUCGAGGAGCGUUUGUUUGGAUGAAAUUAACAGAAAAAACAUUAGGAUAUAAUAUAAACAUAACACACAACGGACAGGGGGAGCAGUGAAGCUAUAAUCUGAUUAUGGGCCCUGAGGAUUUUCCUGACCUUAUGGACACGAUGUCGAGCACUCCUCCUCCCUCUCCUCGUCCUGUCUGUUCCUCAUUCUCACCUCCUUACUGCUCUCCACCGUUCGUGACCUUACGCUCCCCUGCCACUCGUCACCUGACUCAGCUCGACCCCUGGAGGAGACACAGCUGGGAACCUGGAGCUGUUGCACAGGGAUAUCCACCCAAUGACACACGCAGUGUCAGUCUUGAAGAUCUGGAUCCGGAUGAGAUGUCCUUAGUGCUAAACGGUGCAUUGAGGUCAAAAAGAGCUCGAGAAGCCCGCAGGUCUGUCACUCAAGCUUCCCUGACGUCACUUACCGAGGAGGAAGUUGGAGCAGAGCAUCAGGAACAUCAUCAAUCAGCGCUGGAGGUGCAAUCCAAUCAGAUGCAUGGCUGCAGUGUCUCCGCCCCCAGCCUGUGUAUGAUGCAGCAGAUGCCCAGAAGCUCCGCCCCUCGCCCACGUUCCUACUGCCAUGAGAGUGUUUCGUACCACCAGAUUGGAGGAUCAUCUCACAGUAUAGACAGCGAGUUUGCUUCUCCGGAUUGGGACAUAGAUAGAGGGCAAAUAAAGGCUGAGGGGCACAAAAACAAAGAGGACGCCUCAGGAAAUCGUCUGGAGCGUACACUGAGCUUCCUGCGCAAGAUGACUGCUAAAAGCAAGAUCACAACCAUAUGAUCAGCUGGGAAGCACAGACAGACUUUCAUGUGACUAGACUUCCUUGGAAGCGCUCUCUGUUUUUCUCUUUCUCUCUUUCUGUCAGAUCCAAAUGCUUAUAUGUGCAUGCACACACACAAACAAUCACACAUGGGUCCAGUCAGCUGUUUGAAACCUGAUCUGGUCCCAUUCACACGUAGGGAGGAAGGAGCUUGGGAAGGGACAGACCACAGGCAAAAACUCAAAGCAGCAUGACUGGGUUUUUUUUUUACUUUGUUAGCCUUUAGGUAUUAAUUCUUUACUGUUGAGAGGGAACUUUUUGAUUGUAUUGUACAACAUUUUUAGCUUUGAAAAGGGAUUUUAAUCUUUAAGAAAAGGCAUUAUCUUAUUAUUAAACUUAUUUGUAGCGAAAGCUGUGCAGCAAAUAUAAAUAUGAUGAUCAUGUUUAGUAAAGCUUUUCUUUCUUUGUGGUACCACCACAGUGCAGGAAAAUGUGUAUCAUUGUGGGCAUGUUUUUGUGACAUAUCAGGACACAACUUUGUAUAAUGACAUGGGUAUGACACAGGUAUUACAAGGAGAGGGUGACUUAUGAGGACAUAACCCAUGUCCCCAUUUUUCAAAACACUUAUAAAUCAUACAGAAUGAGUUUUUUUGAGAAAGUUAAAAUGCACAAAGUUUCCUGUGAGGGUUAAGGUUAGGGGUAGGGUUGGUGAAGGGCGAUAGAA